AAAAAAAGAAACUAAAUUCCAAUAGUAGUUCUCACUAUUUAGGAUUACACACACACAGUCGGACCACAAAGCCCUUAAUUUUACAAUCAUCUAAUAGGAAAAGGAGAGGGGGAGCAUAAAGGCUUAGUGAUGAUUCAAAAACCUGUAUUUUAAGUUGUUAUUAACGAUUAUGGCAGAGACGAGCCCUGUAUCGGGAUGGAUAGCGGCGUGAAGGGGAUCGAGGUCAAUGAUGCUGUCGGAGCCGACGGGGAGGUAGCUGACAUCGAAGCCCUCCUGUUGGAGAUGGUGGAAAGAGUUGAGGAUGCAUUUGUGCUCGGUCUGGGUGGUGAUGACAUAGCACUUCUUGUCCUUGUAAAAAUGCAUGAGACCCUUCACGGAGAUGUUGUUGGACUUGGUAGCGCCCGAUGUGAAGACGAUGAGUACGAGAGGACUCAGUAGCUCCCAAUCUCUUUGGGGAAAGCGUUGAUUAGGGCGGCGAUCUAGGCUCUGGCUUUCUCAACGGUGAGGUCAGACUCCCAGCGGUAGAGAUGGGUACGAGAGUGGAUUUCCGUAAGGGGAGCAUGGCGUCUAUAACCCUAGGGUCAACUGGGGAGCUGGCUUGUACAUCCAGAUAGAGAGGUCAUUUCCUUUCGUUGUUGCCUGCUACAAAUGUAAGGAACAGAACAAACAUAUUUUCGAGAACAAGUUCAGUUCUGUUGAUCUUAUGAAAAUACCACAUACUUGCACUUAAGAAACUGCCAUUAGUUCAGGUCCUUGUAGUUUUCUAUUGGAUGCACAUGAUGAGUAGCCCAACUUGCCGCACAAUUGUUUGAUGAGAUGCAUGAGAGAAAUGUGGUCUCUUGGAGUGCCGUGAUUGCAUGCAAUGUGAAGAAUGGAAAACAUUUUGAGGCGUUAGAGUUAUUUCGUGAGAUGAUAGCCAAAGCCCAAAGUGCUGUUCCAAAUUCAGUGACUAUGGUUAGGCGUUUGAGGCGUUAAAGUUAUUUCGUGAUGAUGGUUCUGGUUUGGCCACUACUGCGGCGGCCGUGGAGAGAGCUGGGAAGCCGGUAUUGGGCCCUUCCUACAGAUUUCUCAAAGCUUCAAAGAGAGAAGCCUUGUGGCCAUGGUUGGUUCCUUUGUGAAAUGUUGUGGAUUGGAUUGGUAUCAACAUCCCAGUAGGAGAAGAAGGGAGGAUAAAUGGGUCUGAACAAUCCACAUACCUGUAGCCAUUGGAGGGGGUUUGCAGCCACCAUAGACGCCGUCGUCGGAAGGGAGAGUGAGUUAGGAUACUAGGACACUGUUGUUAGGAAUUUGAAGAAGAGCUCAUUAAGACGCAGUCAACUGUAUUACAGAUCAAAUACUAUCUAUUUCCACGUUCUGGUGAAGGAAAAUCUUACUUUACUUCGUAUUCAUGUGGCCUCUAUAUCUCAUUUUAGACAAGUUUCUAAAGCCAGAGGAUGAAAAUGCGCCAGAAGAUGAAAAUGCUGAUCUAUCAAAUAGAGAUCAUUCUACUUUAGUAGGAGCUUCCUCAUUUUAUGGGCGGCCGUUGAAUAUUGUACGAAGCCACGAUGGCAGUUUUCCAUGUUCACAGUUUGUUGAAGUUCCACAUGUUAGCCAGGUACAUAGUUGGGACUGUGGUCUUGCUUGUGUUUCAAUGGUUUUGAGAACUCUUGGCGUUGAGCACUGUGACCUUCACUCUUUGGGGAAGCUUUGCUGUACAGCAAGUGUUUGGACUGUCGAUCUGGCAUACUUAUUGCAGAAAUUUUCUGUUAGUUUUUGCUUCUUCACCAUAACUUUAGGAGUAAAUCCAAAUUUUCAAGUUGAGACUUUUUACAAGGAGCAAUUGCCAAAUGACCUGGUACGAGUGGAUACAUUAUUUCGACAAGCUCUAGAAGCUGGAAUUAGCAUACAGCGCAGGUCAAUUAGUGGUGAAGAGAUUUCUAUCCUCAUAUUGUCAGGGAAAUAUGUUGCGAUCGCUUUGGUCGACCAGUAUAAAAUGGAUCGGUCUUGGCUGGAGGAUGUUUGUGUCCCAGGAUUCUAUGGUGGAGACUCAGGUUACACUGGUCACUAUGUUGUAGUAUGCGGUUAUGAUGCGGAUAGAGAUGAAUUUGAAAUAAGAGAUCCAGCCAGCUGUAGGAAAUCUAGCAGGAUCUCCUUGCAUUGCCUAGAUGAAGCCCGCAAAUCCUUUGGUACUGACGAGGAUCUAAUCUUGAUCUCGUUGGAGAAAGAAUGAUGGCGUUAACAAGCUCUCACAUUGAUUUGGAUCAUCUUGAAACAUAGAUAAUCCGCUCAUGGAGCAAUCAGGUUGUAUAGUUGCAUUUUCUACAGGUGUGUAUCAUUUGUAUAUUAGUGUAAAAUGCUAAAUAUCAUUAGGGCACAUUCCUAUUAUAUAUUGGACCAAGUUUUCCUUAGGCCACAGUGAAUGGAUUCCCGUGAUCCAUCACGACCAUGUAAAAUACAUGGGGAGAGGUGGAGAGAGGUGGGGAGAGAUGGGGUCACAUUUGGAACAUCCCAUUGUUUAGCCAAUGGUGAAAGAAAACUGCACCUACAUAUUUAUUCAAAACCAAUAAAUAUCUGAGAUCAAAAUCCUGUAUUUGACAAACGAACAUGAGGUUGAAGUUUUCCAUUUUAUGUUCUACGCAUAGAAAUUGAAAAAGGAAAUGAUUUAUUUCUUAUUCA